AAGAGGCAAACAUUUAUGAGCCUGGACUGUGUGGCAAAGUACUGGUUCCCACUUCCAGUGCUAAUCCGAUAAAUUGGAUCAACAACGAGUAUUCAGUUAGUUGGUGAAGUGACUCCAGUGCGAACGGUUGGUCCCGCGUCUCAGUUUAUAUUUGCGGUGUUGUAGUAAUACAUAAAUAAGAUUUUAAAUUGCUGAGAAGUUUUUGAGGUCAAGCACUGGGUGAUUGGAUUAUCAGAAAAGCAAUGGCGAAUCUGGUGGGAAUUGCCCUUCUCCUCACUUUGUGCAUCACCAUCUGCUAUGGACACACUUACCACUCAGGACAGUGCCCCAAUGUUGAACCUGCAUCUGAUUUUCAAAUGAGCCAAUUCCUUGGAAUAUGGUACGUCGUUCAGAAGACAUCAACAGCAUCCACAUGCAUUAUCUACAAUAUCACGCGCGGAGAGGAGCCUGGGGAGUACAGAAUUGAACAAACGUCUCAGCACUUUGCCCUCGGAUUGACGCCACUCCGUCAUGAGUACAGUUACACCGGCACCCUCACUGUUCCAGAUAACGACAUCCCAGCCAAGAUGAAAGUGAAAUUCCCACUGAGCGUCGCAGGAUCAUCCUCCUUCACGGUAUUCAUGACAGAUUACCAACAGUACGCCGGGAUUUUCUCCUGCCAGAAGCUCACCUUUGCCCAUCGACGCAGUGCUACGAUUCUCUCACGCACAAAGACCCUCGACAAGAUCUACCUGGAUAAGAUCCGAUCACGUCUGGCUAACUUCGCUGUAGAUCCCUUUGACUUGAGUAUCGUUAACCAGAAUGAUUGCCCAAAGAACGAGAGCAAGGGUUUCAACAUCCACAUCGACCCCGAUACAUUUUCAGCAGCAAACAUUGCAAGCGUGGUCAGGAGUGCGGGAGACAAGAUCGCUUCCGGUGUUGAGACAGCAAUCAAUGCAGGCAAAAAGGCAUAUAAUAAGCUCACAAGUUCCAGCGAAAAUUCAGAGAAAGUGCAAACCGCAGGGGAAACAGAAGCAAUGAAUCUCAGAACAGGUGCAAGAAUGGAGCAGGAUCCUAAUACGGAAUGGAUUGCUUUCUAGUUUACGUCUUCAGAGACAGAAAAAAAUCUCAAUCUAGUUGUACCAACUCAUUUUACGCAAUAUAUAGAUUUUUUUUUACAUAAAAA